AUGACGAAGCGCCUCGCGCGCCGCAGGCUGUGGGGAUCGUGGCUGCAGUUGCUGUCAGAUAUGAUGAUGGUCCAGGUUGAUCUCUGCCUUCGCGUCCAUCGACCAGCGAGGUGUUCCGGCGCAUCAGGUAGCAAUGGUGAUGGCCCAGAUUCGACUCAGAAGUUGGGGAAGGACCAGGAGUUCAUGCCGCGACAGAUAAGACCUGACAGACCAGAGGAGGGCAAACGAAUCACGCAAGGUGCGAGGAAAGCAGCGGCAGCAGCCGCUUCGGCUCUUUGUGGCGAUCUUGGGCCCAAGCAGUGGAGACUGGUUGGUUGCCAGCGCAGCGGCGUCGCGGCAGAAGCGAAGGAUGUUCGAUCAAUGGAUGCGCCAGGAAUGUCUGCAGAUUGCCUGUCGAAAGUUGGUCAAGGUCACCUGAUUACAGAAAGCUUGUCGCGUGAAAGUCGGGCCUGGGAGCUGCCGCACAAGCUACCAAACUUCACUCGGGCGGUCGAUCUCUUUGCGGAGUACCACAGGCCGUUACCAGUCGACUGUAACGCGGCUCGGUGGGCACAAGAUGCGGCUUGCCUUGGCGUUAGCUCUGUGGGGGCGUCAUCCAGGUCGGUGGAGCUGGGCUUAGGAAUGACAACCGCCGUGUCGGUGUAUGUGAGUCAAAAUCCAGAGACGGAUCCAAGCGGGCGAGAGUGCGUGCGAGCAGCAGCAGCAGCGGUGGUCAAGGCCGGCGAGGGCUUCCGUCAGGUGGGAGCAGUGGUGUCAGUAGUCAGGCGUUUCGUUUCGUCAGCGGCCAUGCCAGUAUGCCUGGGGAAGGGAAACGACUCGGGCGGCGAUCAGCAUCUGCCCAGACUAGAAGCAAAGAUGGUUCAAGGAAGCAGAGGCAAGCCUCGAGAGGGCCCUGACUGGGCCGUGAUGCCAGCCCGAAGCUCCCAUGGCACCGCCAGAUUGCAUCGUGUGAAGCCCUUGGGGAACAGUAACCCAGACUGGAGGGUGAUCAAGGGCAGCAUGCCUAAAGAUAAGCUUAAAAGUUUAUCAGCACUGCUAUGGGUGGCGUGGAGUGCGUGA